AUGGGAAAUGAACGUGCGCUGCAUACUGCGACUUUGCUCAGUUCGAGCAAAGUUCUGGUCGCUGGUGGUUGGGGAGAAGCUGUACUUGGGAGCUGUGAAGUAUAUGAUCCGUCAACGGGCCGUUGGAAUCCUACUGGAAGCAUGAGAAAUGUGCGUUAUUAUCAUACUGCAACUUUGCUCAAUUCGAGCGAAGUUCUGGUCACUGGUGGUUGGGGACUAGCGUUACUUGCGAGCUGUGAAAUAUAUGAUCCAUCAACGGGCCAAUGGAAAGCUACAGCAGACAUGGCAUAUGCACGGGAUUUGCAUACUGCAACCCUGCUCAAUUCGGGGAAAGUUCUUGUCACUGGUGGUAUAGGAUUGGUCGACAGUGCUACUAAUAAUUGCGAAGUAUUUGAUCCAUCAACGCGCCAAUGGAACCCUACAGGAAGCAUGGCAAAUCCACGUCGAAUGCAUACUGCAACCCUGCUCAAUUCGGGCAAAGUUCUUGUCGCUGGUGGUAGAGGAUUGGGGACCAGUUAUCUUGCUAGUUGUGAAAUAUAUGAUCCAGUAACGGGUCAAUGGUACACUACAGGAAGCAUGGCAAAUGUGCGUCAUUAUCAUACUGCAACCCUUCUCAAUUCGGGCAAAGUCCUGGUCACUGCUGGUGCAGAUUCGUCAUUUACUUUUCUUGCUAGUUCUGAAAUAUAUGAUCCAUUAACGGGUCAAUGGGACACUACUGGAAGCAUGGAAAAUGCGCAUAUGCAACAUGCUGCAGUCCUACUCAAGUCGGGCAAAGUCCUUAUCGCUGGUGGUGAACUAUCAUUCUUGAAUCCUAGUAAUAUUUCUGAAACAUAUGAUCCAUCAACGGGCAAAUGGAAUACUACUGCAAGCAUGAUAAAUGCACAUAUGCAGCAUGCUGCAACCCUUCUCGACUCCGGCGAAGUUCUGGUCACUGGUGGUGUAGGAUCUACUUGUGAAAAGUACACUCCGUGA